GCUGAAUGAAAUCGUUCAAGUAAAAUAAAUUUAAAACAAUGACAAUUAAAAAUAAAAUUGAAAAAUAUGGAACAUAGGAAUUAAUCAUAAACAAUAUUCGUACAUUAUUUAUUUAUAUUAGUUAACAUUAGAGACAGUAAAACUAUAUAUAAACAAUAAAAAUAUAAAAUUGAAUUUAAUAAUAGCGUCACUUAUAAACGAACGUCUUGAUUGGAUAUUUUUCUUAAUACGAAAUAAUCGAAUAACAAUUGAAACAACUUCAGAAGAUAUUCUUAUAUUAUGUACUGGUUAUCGAUCAUAUCUUGAUUUUAUUUCAAAAGAUAUUCUUAAACAAUUAUCUUAUAUAUCUGAUGAUAUAUUUUGUCCAAUUAUUGUUCAUCGUUGUAUAUUUCAUCGAAAUUUACCUAAUUUAUCAUUUAUUGGUAUGUAUCGAGGUUCAUUUUGGUUAAUUAUUGAAUUACAAUCACGUUGUGUAGCUUCAAUAUUUUCUGGUCUUAUAUCAAUUUCUUCAAUUAGUCUACAAAAAUUAGGUAUUGAUAUGGAACAUCAUAUAGGUGAUCAACAACCUCGUCCUCAAUUUCCACAUAAUGAUUAUAUUGGUAUUGUUAAUGAUUUAGAAAAAGAAAUAUAUUUCAAAAAAUCUUCAAAAAAUCUAAAUGAUAUUGUUAUAUCAACACAAUAUCGAAUAAAUGAACCUGAUAAAUUAAUAAUUAAUAAAAUUAAUUCUAUAUGUGAAGAAGAAAAUAAUGGUAAAUUUAUUGGUGGUGUUGUAUUUGGUUCACUUCAUGAAAGUAAAUGGAAAUUUGAACGAACAUUAAAAGGUAAACCAUCUGAUGGUAUUGUUAAUGGUCAAGCAGAAUUUUAUUUUUCUCAACAAAAUGAACUUAUUUAUAAAGAACAAGGAAAAUUAAUUUUAUCAUCUAAACAAUCAUUAGAUAUAACACAAAAAUAUAUUUAUAUUUAUGAUAAUAAUAAUGAUUUAAUAACUGUUUUUUUGUUGAUAAUAAUAAUAAUAAACCUUGUUAUAUAUUUCAUAAAAUUUAUUUUCAAUCAAAACAAUCAUCAAAUAUUCGAUGGAUAG